AUAAUUUUCACUGUUACAUUUUAGCUGUCUGGUCGUCUGCUCUGCUUUGCUUCGGAUCGUAAAUUUGUAAACACCAUGUAAAAAAUGAAUUCAUUUGCCCGUAAACAAUUAGAAAAAUAUGGAUGGACUGAAGGCAAAGGGCUUGGAAAAGAAGAAAAUGGUAUUUCAAAACCGAUAAAACCGUUUUUGAAGUUUGAUAAUCAUGGGAUUGGACAUGAUAGCUCUAAAGUAUGGACUUCAAAAUGGUGGUGUGAAGUUUUUAAUGAUGCAUCUCAAUGUAUUAAUGUUGUGAAUGAUGAGUCUGGUGUAUCAGUAUCGAGUAAGAAAAGAGUUGUCAAUCCUAUAUUGCCUUCAUCUGCUGCAAUAAGAAAGCAUUUUAUAAAAUUCUGCCGUGUCUGCUUUAAUGCUUCUGGAGCUCUGUUGGUGGAACGGCGAGGUUCUAAUUAA